AUGAGUUGCAAUGGCUGUCGAGUUCUGCGAAAGGGUUGUGGUGAGAAUUGUGUCUUGAGACCAUGUUUGGAGUGGAUCCAAUCCCCCGAUGCACAAGGCCACGCCACACUCUUCAUCUCUAAGUUCUUCGGCCGCAGCGAUCUCAUCAAUUUCAUCACCGAUGUCCCUUCCGGUAACCAACGUACUGCGUUGUUCCAAUCGCUUUUGUACGAAGCGGUUGGGCGGACAGUGAAUCCGGUGAACGGUGCAAUGGGAUUUCUUACUACCGGAAAGUGGCACCUCCUUGAGGCUGCUGUGGAGACUGUCCUUUCCGGUGGUUCGCCGAUUCCGAUUGGUGACGAAACAUCGAUCGCGGAAGUUGACGAGAGUUCCGAGGGAGAGGUG